AUUAUGUUCCAUAAUUAAGUUGUGCAAAAUAUAUCAAGUUAAAAGAUUAGCUGACAAACUUUUAACUCAUAGCUAGAUUGAACUGCUAUUUGAUUAUCGCUACCAGGGCUAUAUCAGCAACCUACCAGAAGGCAUAUGAUCGCUAACUAGGUGCUGUUGUCACUGUGACUGAGACUUAAACAUAGUAAGAAUCCACUUUUCCUCCUUCUGACUCUCUGGGCAGUCCCUUACCAUGAAUGAAGUCAGUAUAGUGAGAGAGGGAUGGCUUCACAAAAGAGGUGAAUAUAUCAAAACAUGGAGGCCUAGGUAUUUUAUCCUAAAGAGUGAUGGCUCUUUCAUUGGUUACAAAGAGAAACCAGAUUUAAAUGACCAAACUUCCCCACCACUGAACAACUUCUCAGUGGCAGAAUGCCAGUUAAUGAAGACUGAAAGGCCCAGGCCUAAUACAUUUGUCAUCCGUUGUCUGCAGUGGACCACUGUUAUUGAACGUACUUUUCAUGUAGAAAGCAAUGAAGAGAGAGAGGGGUGGAUAAGGGCAAUCCAGUAUGUAGCGAACAGUCUGAAAAUGCAGGAACAGGGGGAAGAGGAACCAAUGGAUGUUCUCAGCUCACCAAACGAAAGCAGCCUGGUGGAGAUGGAAGCGGUUAUGUCCAAGAGCCGCACCAAAGUGACAAUGAGUGACUUUGAAUAUCUGAAGCUGCUUGGAAAGGGUACCUUUGGGAAGGUGAUUCUUGUCAAAGAAAAGACAACUGGAGUACAUUAUGCCAUGAAAAUACUGCGCAAAAUGGUGAUAAUAGCCAAGGAUGAGGUGGCCCACACGGUUACAGAGAGCCGAGUGUUACAGAACACAAAACACCCUUUCCUCACGACACUGAAAUAUGCCUUCCAAACCCACGAUCGACUCUGUUUUGUAAUGGAAUAUGCUAAUGGAGGCGAGCUCUUCUUCCACCUCUCACGUGAACGAGUCUUCACAGAAGACCGGGCACGCUUCUAUGGUGCUGAGAUUGUAUCAGCACUUGAGUACCUCCAUUCACGUGACGUUGUUUACCGUGAUUUGAAGCUGGAGAAUUUGAUGCUGGACAAAGACGGACACAUUAAAAUAACUGAUUUUGGCCUUUGUAAAGAGGGCAUUACUCCAGAUGCAACAAUGAAAACCUUUUGUGGAACACCUGAAUAUCUGGCUCCUGAGGUCCUAGAAGAUAAUGACUAUGGCCGUGCAGUGGACUGGUGGGGUCUCGGUGUAGUUAUGUAUGAAAUGAUGUGCGGCCGUUUGCCUUUCUAUAACCAAGACCACGAGCGCUUGUUUGAGCUCAUCCUAAUGGAGGAGAUCCGCUUUCCUCGGAACCUCUCACCUGAGGCCAAGUCCCUGCUGGCUGGCCUGCUCAAGAAGGAUCCCAAGCACAGGUUAGGAGGAAGUCCCAGUGAUGCCAAAGAAGUAAUGACUCACAAUUUUUUUAUCACCAUCAACUGGCAGGAUGUGGAACAGAGAAAGCUGACCCCCCUCUUCAAACCGCAAGUAACAUCAGAGACAGAUACCCGGUACUUUGAUGAGGAGUUCACAGCACAAACAAUCACACUCACUCCCCCAGACAAGUAUAACAGUCUGGACUGUGAGGACCCCAGCCAAGAAGCACAUUUUCCCCAAUUCUCCUAUUCUGCUAGCAUAAGAGAGUGAUAGCAUCUCUGCAACACACAUGCACACACACACACACACACACACACACGCAGUAUAAACACCUUGGUUACAAUCAUACAGCCAUAAAAAUAAGUAGAGCUUUCAUUUUUAAAGAGGUGUUAGUCUUAGCAGGAUUUCAGUGCCUUGCCUGGGAGCCUUAUUGUUGAAAUCUGUCUUGGUCCACAGAAAAGAAAAAUCCUAUCCACAGUGGCUAUACUGUAACAUAAGAACUUCACAUAGCCACCAGUGCAGUUUAACAACAUAAUCAAGACCAUCAGACCUACAAAGCUGGUGCUGCUGUUUGUACCAUUCUUUUUUCUUCUUUUUUUCUUUUUUUUAUAUUCUUAAGAAAAAGCCACACAACUCCCCAUGACACUUGUAAGUACUCUAAUUCAAUCCUGGCUGUGACCUUUGGUGAACAGGCUUGUAUAUGAAGAAGGGAGGAGAGCAGCAGUUAAUCUUACUAUUACACAAAAAAUCCUGCAUGUCUGUUUUUUGAACUUUUUUUUCUUCUGUAUUAUUAGCUCAUUGAGUAUUGAGGAAUAAAUUAUAAUAUUAUACAAAUGGAA